AUGAUUAAUAUUUCAGAAGUAUGCCCAACAUGGCAUCCAUUCCAAUGCCCAAAUGGUGACUGUGUACCGAUUAAAUAUUUGUGUGAUGGAUCUCCUGAUUGUAGCGAUGAGUAUGAUGAGAACAAAAGCAUGUGUACAGCUGCUGUUCGACCGCCUGUUGAAGAAACAGCAUCAUUCUUGAAAGCAUUAUUACAUGCGCAUGGCAAAAACUUUCUGACAAAGUUGUUUGGACCUAAAGCAUACAAUGAAUUAGAAGGCUUUGGCGGGGUUGAAAAAGUUGCCGUUGCUUUAUCUCAAUCACCAACAGUUGAUAUAUUUGGUGCCGAAAUGGGAUUGAGCAAAAGUGAAGUUGAUCAAAUGAUUGAACUUUUGACUGGAAUAGCUUUGGGAUCAACUAAUAUCUUGACUCCUGACGAAACGGCAGAUCUUAGCUUCCUCGUGCAGAAACUUCAAGAAACAGGAUUCUUCUGA